ACACUAUUAUGAUUAGUAAUGUGUUGAAGGAAAUAUUCAAUAUUAUUUCUAAGUACGAUUUAAUAUUUAUAUUAACAUUUAGAGAUUAUUUUCCAUGGUCCAUUGUGAGUCUGUAAACAUAAGCGUCUGUGUGUCAUUUGAUAGUCGAGGCUUUAGAGGGCGCUGUGUUUAUAUGAGCAGGGCUGCGCAUGCGCGGUGUGCUUUGUGUACUUUCCUAUUGCUUGGGUUCAUCCGAGCUCAGUUUAUUCCGCAUUUUAAACGGCAGAGAUGAGCUUUUACUUACUGUAGAUUCAAUAAACGUCGAGCGUGUUUUACAUGCGGGCAGACUGACCGUCUUUAUUCUGCUCCAGGAUGACACGAGCAGAUUAUCGACGCUUUGUUCAGCGCGGAGAAUGUCUGAAUGUAUGAUCGAGUGUCAAAUAACAUCGCUCAUAAGCUGCGGAUGACUCUUCGACUGUACAGAAUUACUGUGUUUAUGAGCAACCCUAAAAGCUGAAAGUGUGCAGAAGCAGUGUAUAAGCAUGACCCUGGCUAUGACCCCUGCUGCCGUGUGCCAAUGCUUCACUCUGGUGUCGCUCUGCACCUCCAUCGCAGACCCCAACUGGAUCCAGAUCCAGAACCGCACUGAUGCAAACAACAAGCUGAUGUACGGUGUGGCCUUCACACUGCACGCCUACCAGAACCGCACAGACACAGGUCCUCUCGGAGGGCUAAAUGGAUGGGGAAUGUGGCUGCUGUAUGUGCUGACCGCUCUCUGCUACAGCGCCGUCCUGUUGUCCAGCUCUUCGUUUCUGCUGGAUUUCCUCAAAGCUGCGGUCAGUCAAUCCAGACUGAUUACAACACUGCACGUCUCUACAGCACUGAACUGUGGGGCAGUGGUGGGUGUGUGUGUGGCCUGUGUGUGUGUGAUCAAACACAAUCUGCAGCGAGGGAAGCACGUCUCGCUGUUAAACCGCACUGAAGGCAGUCCAGAACUCUCCGUGUCUCUUGGAGAAAGUCUUUAUAUCCAGAUCCUGGGCCUGCUUUUCUCUGUACUGGCGUGUGUUUCUGCGCUGCGGCCGCGAGCUCAGCCCAUAAGACUGCAUGCAGAGGGAGCCGACAGCGAUACGGAGCCUCUGAUUGGAGGAGCCGAGGAGUAAACAAACAGGUUCAUGUAUGUUCGAUAGCUGUGUUUCCAUCCUCUAUUUUCAUGCACAUUUUGGAUUAUUGCAUUAAGAAAUUGUUUGAUGUAAGGGAGGCGCAGUGGCUCAGUGGUUAGCACUGUGGCCUAACAGCAAGAAGGUUACUGGUUCGAGCCUCGGCUGGGUCAGUUGUCGUUUCUGUGUGGAGUUUGCAUGUUCUCCCAGUGUUGAUGUGGGUUUUCUGCGGGUUCCCCCACAGUCCAAACACAUGCACCAUAGGGGAAUUGACGAUCUAAAUUGGUUAUUGUGCAUGUGUGUGAAUGAGUGUGUAUGGGUGUUUCCCAGUGAUGGGUUGCAGCUGGAAGGACAUCCGACUCCUGAUAAAUAAGGUACCUUCUUGCUGUGAGGCUACAGUGCUAAAUACUGACCCACAGUGUUGCCCUAUUGUGUUUUCAAUUCAAAUGAGUUAGGAAAUCUCCACUGUAAAAAUGCUGGGUUGUUGUAACCCAACACUGGGUCAAAUAUGGUCAAACCCAACCAUUGAAUUACAAAAAAGUAACAUAAAUUAAAUUUAAAAAAUUAACCCAAUGUUGAGUUUGUUAAUAUUCGACCCAAUGUUGUAUUAGGACAACCCAGCAGAUUUAACAAGAUCAGUUCCGGUCAAUAACAGAGUAAAAAUACAUCAAUUAUUAAACUAAAUAAAACUAUAUUAUUAAUUGAACUCAUUCAUUCAUCAAUCAUUUUUUUUUCAGCUCAGUCCCUUUAUUAAUCUGGGGUCGCCACAGUGGCAUGAA